AUGGCUAAAACAAAACCUUCAAGUGUUAUAAAACCAACAAUAAUCCCAGCUUCCAAAGCAUUAAGUUCCAACAAAAUUCAAUUUCGUAUUUAUGUUGGAUCAUAUGAACAUAAUUUAUUAUCAUUAUCAAUUUUAUUAGAAAAAGAUAAAUCUCCUGUAUUCCAACCAAUUUUCCAUUUCCAAGCACAUUCAUUAUCUAUUAAAUCUAUAGCUGCUGCUAAAAGAUAUUUGGUCACUGGUAGUAAUGAUGAACAUAUCAAGAUUUAUGAUUUACAAAAAAGAAAAGAAUUAGGUACUCUUUUGGGUCAUCAAGGUAGUAUUACAAGUUUGAAAUUCUCAAAUGAAGAUUUAAUGUCUGGUAAUGAUAGUAAGACAAGUAAUGGUAAAUGGUUAUUAAGUGGUUCUGAAGAUGGGAAAAUCAUUAUUUGGAGAACAAAAGAUUGGGAAAUUUUUGGAACUUUAAAAGGUCAUCAGGGAAGAAUUAAUGAUCUUGCUAUACAUCCAACUGGUAGAAUUGCAGUUAGUGUUGGUGAUGAUAAAACAAUUAGAUUAUGGAAUUUAAUGACUGUUAAAAAAGCUGCUAAUUUGAAGAUUAAAAAUGAUUGGCAAAAUGGUGAAUUUGUUAGAUGGUCAUUAGAUGGUGGAUAUUUCCUUGUUGGAUUAUUAAAUAAACUUUUGGUUUAUAAGACAUCAAAUGCAAGUAUUGUUAAUGUAUUAGCAUUGGGUAAAACUUUAAUGCAUUUAGAAAUUUAUGAAAUUAAUGAUGUGGAAUAUGUUGUUGUUGGGUUAGGUAAUGGUUCAUUAGAAUUUUAUGAAUUAAAAGAUUUAAUUAAUGAAAAAGAUGAUGAUGAAGAAAUAAAACCAGAACCAAAAUUUACAUUAAUUGGUCAUACAAAUCGUAUUAAAGAUUUUAAAUUAUAUAAAGUUGAUAAAGAAAUUUACCUAAUUUCAAUUUCUUCAGAUGGGAAUAUAGUUAUAUGGGAUUUAAAUUUAAAAGAUCAAAUUGCAGUUUAUAAUACAGGACAAAGAUUAAAUUGUAUUGAAGUUUCAUCGGAAAGUGUUGAGAAAUUUGAAACUAUGAAAAGAAGAUUUGAUUCUAUUGAUGAUGAUGAUGUUGCAAGUGCAAGUGAAAGUGAAAAUGAAGCUGAUCAAGAAGAAUUGAAAAGAAUAAUGAAAGGUGAAAGUAAGAAAACUAAAAAGAGUAAAAAAUCUAAAAAGAAGAAUACUCCGAAAGUUUCUGUUGAAUUAGAAUAA